AUGACGACCCCCUUCUCAUGGUCCGACACGGUCAAGAUCGCACUGGGCUCGUGCAUGCCCUGUCUCCGCCCCGUUUCGUCCUCUGAUAGUUUACAGAACACAAAUCGACUGACAAUAUCAGCAGAACAGCCAGAGCUAUACAACCCCGCUGUCAACCGUAUCCCCCGCGCGCGUCCUGACGAACUACAAGGCCUCUUAGCCGACUCAUCGGAUAACGAGCGGGCGGAAACUCUUUCCUUACAUUCGAACCCUGGAAGGGGAGGGAGGAGACGAAAACGAAGGUCCAAGGCAAAUACGAACGGGAAUGGGAAACCUAGGAGGAUAACCCUGUUCGGAUUCGAUCUCUUCGGCCGACCACCUCCCAUCCAACUCCCACCCGACGACGACGCUGGCGACGACGAUGCGCCUUUAUUCCGCCGUCACCACAGCAGCAGCAGCGGGGGUGGCAGCACGCCCACAACAACCCUAACUACCCAAACAUUCGACUCCGACGCCGCUCCUCUCGACAUAUCCACCAUCCAAUCCAUCUCUGUCUCCAAAGCCACCGAAGCAGCCGAAGCGGAGGCCAAGCGUCUCAAGGAAAAAGAGGAGAGGAGACAACGGAGGAAAGCGAAGAAGGAGAUGAAGAGGCUCGUGGAGGCUGGUGUUGUUGGCGAUGGGGAGGAGUUUGAGGGGUUUCAAGGGAGUGGUGGGUUGGCUUUGCUGAAGCGGCCUAGUGGCGCUGGAGCUGGUGGGGGGACUACGGCGACGUCUUCGUCGGGCUCUCAUUCUCAUUCGAGGUCUCACUCUCGAUCCCAACAGUCGAGGGAAGGUUUCGGACAUUUCGUAUCCGCCCCUCUUCUUCCAACAGCAGCAGCGGAGGAAGACGACGAAAACGCAGACCUCGACGGAAGCCUCUACGCACGCAAAAACUCAAACGGCGCUCACUCAAACGGGGGUACCUCAGAUUCACGUCGUAAUCGAUCUUCGUUGAGCCGUACAUCCGCAUCUGCGUCUGACCGACCCCAUCACACCGUUCCUCCCCACCAACAUCACCCCAACCCCGGCGUUCGCAAAUCCAAACAUUCCUCAACCUCCCAAUCAAGAUCAAGAUCCAACACUUCCUCGCAAUCGCCCUCCCUCCAAUCACCUUCCUCACCUGCGUUCAGCGACGCUCAGGUUGUCAGUCCAAGUACCGUCGAGCAGGGACAGGGGUUUUUUGAUUUGGAGGAUAAUGAGUUACCUGUUCGAGAAGAAGGAGCGUUCACCGAACGGAUUGAAGGUGCAGGUGGUGGAUUCCCGGUGGGACGGAUCGGUGCACCGGGUGGUGGCGGUUUCCCAAUGACAGGCUUUGGAGGGGGAGGGGGGAAGAGGUCUAGGGAUUUCGGUGCGUUUUUGGCUAGGCGGGGGGAUGGGGAGGACGAGCGUAGGGUAGGGGAUGGGGUGUGA